UUUGUUUAUUAGCAUUUUAAAAAUUUGCCUCCAGCUAAAUAGUUGGAGGUCAGAAAAUUAGCCUUUAUAGGUAGAGUAUUUUUUUUUCUACUAAUUAUUAAUUUAGAUUUUAAAUUGUUUGUGAUUACACAGCUAAUGCCAGUUAAAAAAAGUAAAAGAUAAUAAAUAAAUGCAAUAGCCACAAUAAUAACCAAUAAAUUAAUUAACAUUUUUGUUUCUUUUAAAAGUAAGAAAAAAAUAUGAUAAAAUGAAUAAUGUGAUUUCAGCUUAAAUUGAUGAUAUUGUUAACAAGACUGGUAUAGGUGUAUUGGAAAUUAUCAAUUUUAUGAAAUAAAAUCCUUACUUGAAAGUAAUUCGAUUAUAAAAGAUUAAUAGGCUUUUGGAAUUCUCAAACAAUAUUUUAUCUACUCUGAAUUUAAGUGUAGAAAAAUUUGAUAAGAUCAACCCUUUAAGUAAUGCAAUAUCAAACUUUAGAGAUAUUUGA